AUGCCGCUGCCCUGGCUGGUAGCAUGGAUGGCUUCUGUAUUCCUCCUCUCCUGCUUCCAGAUCUCGGGUGCCGCUGCUUCCAGAGAGACACCCUGGACCACUUCGGCUCCUGAGCUGCCUGCCCCUUCCCCUCCCGACGAGGCACAGCUGCCUAGUCCUCAGAACGUCCACUUUAAGGCCAUCCUUUUCUACCACAUUCUCCACUGGGAGCCAGGCCAGAAUCAGACCCAGAACAUCGUCUAUGAAGUUCAGUACAUGAGGUAUGGGGAUUCCUGGAAUCCUGUCCCCAACUGCACCAGGAUCCCACAACUCUCCUGUGAUCUGACCCUGCCAACCCUGGACCUUGAUGACAAUACCUACUGGGCCCGAGUAAGGGCCAUUGCUGGUCACCAGAUGUCUAACUGGACCAGGACAGAUAGUCGAUUCGCUAAAGAAGAUGUAAUUCUGAGGAUAGACCAUUUGAAGCUACAGUUGAGUAGCAGCAACACUAUCUUGGGGGAAAUCUUGCCCGCCAGGCCCCCACUGGCUAAUGGAAAUGUCUCUUAUGAAAAACUCUUCAAACACUACCGGGAAUAUGAACUUUGCAUCAUCAAGGUGCUAAAAAAUGAGUCCUUUCAGAGAUACUACGAGAAAACAAAUCAAACAUUUACCCUGCCAGUCCUAGAAGGGGGGAUGAUCUGCAUCGAGGUGAAACCUGUCAUCAGGUCCAAUAUUAAUGAAGGAUUAUGGUCAGAGAAGAAGUGCAUUACAGUCCCUAAGCCAUAUCUCACAGUGACUACCAUCAGUAUCUUCUUUGCCUCUCUUCUGACCGCCUGCCUUACUGUUUGCUACCUGAGUAUUCGACUCUACUUAAGAAAACCCAAGAAACUCCCUGAAGUCCUGCUUUCCCUCACCAAACAAAGAUCCUGUGGCAUCCUGAGCAAGGAGCCCUUCAAAAUGAAGCGAGAUAUCAUCUGCCCCCUUGAUGAGGCAGCCUUCCCCAAAGUAUCCCUGGAGCUGAAGAACUCAGAGCUCCAUAGCAGCACGGACAGUGGCUUCAGCAGCACCAAACAAUCCCUGCAGUCGGAAGAUCCCCAAUUCCUUCUUCCAGUCUUGGACCCCAUCACAAGUGGGCCCCCAGAGGAGAGGAGCCUUCAGCAACCAAAGAGCGACCUUAGCACCAGCAGUACCAGUACCAGCACCAGCACCGACAGUGGAAUUUACUUGCAUAACCUGAGCCCACAGUCAGGGCAGGAAUGGGGGCAGCAACCAGGGAGUGGGGACCAUGACCAAGAAGACAGUGGCAUUGGCCUGCCCCAGAGCACCACAGCAACCCCACUAGGGUCCUCUCAUGGCCUCCAGUACAAGAGGGGCUCCACAGCUCUAGAAGGUAACAGCUCUCCUCCCAAGCUGCCUGAGGAAGAGGUUGAAGCCUCUGUGGCCUUCCAAGGCUACCUGCAGCAGUCCAGAUGCACAAAGAAAAGCCAGGAGGAGACCACCAGCCUGGGAGAGGAUCCUUCCCCCAUUGGCAGCCCAGGGUACAAAUGCAGGACCCAAAGGGAUGUAGAGUUAGGCUGGCCUCCACUGGCCCAGACUAAAGGCUAUUUAAAGCAGAACUCACCAAGCCAGAGCCUUGGGAUCCUAGGGGCUUCACCUGACCAGUGGAUUGAGCCAGCAGAGGAGUGGAGCCUCCUGAAUUUGGUCAACAAUGGGGAUCUGAAAACCUUUGACACGCCUGACCUCCCUCUUCUGAGCUUCCCCAUAGCUCCUCCUCCCCCAGGGAACUUGAAUUCGGAUCUGAUAACCUUACCUUUGAUCUCCAGUCUACACACAAAUGAGUGAUUUGGGUUACUUGGGAGAAAUAGAAGAGACUGACUUGAUCUCAACACUAUAGUUGAUUUUGGGCCAGAAUGGACCCAGCCCCAGAGUCACAGGCUGGGGGACAGCUGAUAAAUAGUAAUAUAAGCUCAUUCUUCCGCACAACUAGAAACUACCUCAUUUGCCUUAGAGACACUUGGUCUAUGAUAAGCCCUGACAUACGGAGAUGCCAGGGUGGGCAUGGUCUGGGUGCACAGGAGAGUAUCAUACCAUAUUAACUGACAUGGCCCUUUGUCUACUGUUAGAGUCAGAACCAGGGAUCUCUGGGACCCAGCAAGGACUGAGGGGAACAGAGCAAGGAGGACUCCUUCUCUCACCCAAACCCCCUUUCCAGAUCAUGUAAAAAAUGGGGUUUGGGAACCUCUAUAAUGAGGAAUCUUGGCUCAGACCUGAAGGGAAGGCUAAAGAAUGGGUAUGGAUAGGGCUGCAUUGGGGUGAUGGUUUUAGAGUAAGGGUUUCUGAUAUCAGAGCUUUAGCUUGGGGGGAACAGGGAUAGUUUCCACUAGGGAAAAAGAGGGCAGAAGCUAGCCUUUGAUCUUAGGGACAAUCGGUGCUCAUGACUGGGAGGAAAAACCCAGUGGGCCUGGGGAAGAGGAGAACCAAACAAAGGGAGAAGGCAGUACAGAAGUUCUCCCUCUGAGGAGCUUUUCCACCAUUCUUUCAAACUAUUAUGGCUCUCUGCAGUUAAGGCUUGAAGUAACUUGAAUUUUGAAUCCUGCUUCCUAUCUCUGUUGACUAACAUGAUACUUAACCUCUAUUGGCCUCAAUUUUCCCAUCUGUAAAGUAAAAACAAUGAUGCCUAUAGUACUUACCUCAGCAGGGUGAUGUGGUUUUGAGAUAAAGUGUACAAUGCAUUUUGCAGAUUUUAAAGUAUUUUGUAAAUAUCGGCUAUUAUUGUUAUUCAUGUUAAUAAGUAUUUAUGGAGUUCUCAUUCUGAAUGAAUGUUUACUAAGCCCCUACCAUGUAGAGAGGGAACUGUGCUCUAUGCCAGGGAGCUAUAAAGUUGAGCUAAAAUGCGGUCUCUAUGCUCGUUGAUUUUUCACUCUAGUAGGUAGAUAAAACCUUUUCCAUAGGGCCACAGACUCAUUGGUGAGUUAGCGGGGUGUCCUAGAGGAAUGGGUGGAUGAGAACAUUUUGUUCUACUGGCCAUGAAGGUAGCUGAAGCAGAGGCUGUGGAGUGCUUGGAACUUGGUCAGAAAUUGAAGAUGUCGGGAGCAGCUGGGUAGCUCAGUGGAUUGAGAGCCAGGUCUAGUGACGGUAGGUCCUAGGUUCAA